GACAUCAGCCCCAGGGCCAAGGGCACCACGGGCAACGUGAGUACUGUGGGCACUACGUCAGCUGCUGCACUGGCGGUGACGAGCCCUCGGUUCUUGUGGUUGCCACGUACUGCUGGCAACGAUGAAUUUGCUCCCCCUCCUCAUCCUGCUGGCCGCGCGCUGGCCGGUGCACGGCACGUGGGACAACUGUGGAGGGACCUGCGGGCUCCGGCCCAUGGCUUCUUACUACGGCAUGUCACGCGUUGUGGGUGGCACAGAUGCCCAGCCAGGGGCCUGGCCCUGGAUCGUCAGCAUCCAGAAUCCCUGGAAAAUAGGCACAGGGCAUGUAUGCGGAGGGUCCCUCAUCAGCCCACAGUGGGUCCUCACAGCAGCCCACUGCUUCAUCGAGGCCAGGCACAUUACAAUGUGGCGUGUGGUGAUCGGCGCCACACAGUUGACUCGGCUGGGCCCUGAGGUCCAAGUGCGCAAUAUUAAGCGGCUACUGGUUCAUGAACGCUAUAGUAAUAUCACAGAGAGGAACGACAUUGCGUUGCUGGAAUUGGACCAGCCUGUCCAGUGCAGUGACUACAUACAGCUUGCCUGUGUGCCCGAUGCCUCGCUGAGAGUGUCAGAGCUGACAACUUGCUACGUCAGUGGUUGGGGCUCCACAAAAGCAAGAUCUGGAGUAUCAACUGAUAUCCUGCAGGAGGCCAAGGUCCACCUCAUUGAUAUCAACCUCUGUAACAGCAGCCGGUGGUACAGAGGGGCCAUCCACACCCACAACUUGUGUGCUGGCUAUCCGCAGGGUGGCAUCGACACCUGCCAGGGUGACAGCGGUGGUCCUCUUGUCUGCAAAGAUAACAAUGCUGACUACUUCUGGCUUGUUGGAGCGACCAGCUGGGGGACAGGCUGUGCAAGAGCAAAACAGCCUGGAGUCUACACCUCCACUCAACAUUUUUAUGACUGGAUCCUGGUACAGAUGGGACUGCACCCAGCAAUAACGGCUCCUCCAACACCACAGCCAGUCUUCACCUCAACCCCCUUUCAGAGGCCAAGGCCAACACCAACACAAUCAGGCAGGUUUCCACCCUGCCCAUUUCCACGCCAGAAGCUGGUGGAAUUCUUUAAUCUGCUGCAGGAGCUCCUGCAAUUCAUAAGGGGAAAAAAGGCUUGA